GCAGACGCCACAACAAUGUCGCCCUUCUCUCUCAUUUUGGGCACCAUAGCCUUCGCCAUCUUCCUCUAUUACCUGCUAAACCUCCGCACCCACGGCCACCGCCUCCGCCUCCCUCCAGGCCCAAAACCAUGGCCCAUAAUCGGGAACUUGCCCCACAUGGGAACUGUGCCUCACCACUCCCUCGCGGCCAUGGCUCGUACCUAUGGGCCGCUCAUGCACCUCCGGCUUGGCUUCGUCGACGUGGUUGUGGCGGCGUCGGCGUCUGUGGCGUCCCAGUUCUUGAAGACCCAUGACGCGAAUUUCUCCAGCCGGCCGCCCAAUUCCGGUGCCAAGCAUAUAGCGUAUAAUUAUCAGGACCUCGUGUUUGCGCCGUACGGCGAGCGGUGGCGCAUGCUUAGGAAGAUCAGCUCCGUUCAUCUCUUCUCUGGCAAUGCCUUGGAUGAGUUCAGACACGUGCGCCAGGAAGAGGUGGCAGUGCUAGCUGGUGCCCUAGUAAAUGCAGGCACGAAGCCAGUGAACUUGGGACAGUUACUCAAUGUGUGUACGGUGAACGCCCUAGGGCGGGUGAUGCUAGGGCGAAGGGUGUUCGGUGACGGAAGUGGCGGCGGCGAUGCAAAGGCGGAUGAGUUCAAAUCAAUGGUGGUGGAGGUGAUGGUGCUGGCCGGAGUGUUCAACAUCGGUGACUUUAUCCCCGCUUUGGAGUGGCUGGACUUACAGGGGGUAGCAGCUAAGAUGAAGAACCUCCACAAUAGGUUCGACGCGUUUUUGACCGGAAUUCUUGAGGACCACAAAAAGAACGGCGGUGGGCAGCACAUGGACCUGCUCAGUACUUUGAUUUCGUUGAAGGAGAAUGCCGACGGUGAGGGAGGGAAGCUCACAGACACAGAGAUCAAAGCUUUGCUUUUGAAUAUGUUCACGGCAGGGACCGACACAUCAUCUAGCACAGUAGAAUGGGCCAUAGCUGAACUCAUUCGGCACCCCAAGAUCUUGGCCCAAGUCCAACAAGAGCUCGACUCAGUUGUGGGCCGAGAGCGGCUUGUAAGCGAAUUGGACCUACCCCAACUGACCUACCUCCAAGCCGUGGUCAAGGAAACCUUCCGGCUCCACCCAUCAACACCGCUCUCUCUGCCACGAAUGGCUGCCGAAAGCUGCGAAAUCAACGGCUACCACAUUCCGAAGGGCUCCACACUCCUAGUAAAUGUGUGGGCCAUUGCGCGUGAUCCAGACCAAUGGUCUGACCCGCUGGAAUUUAAGCCCGAGCGCUUCCUACCAGGCUGUGAAAAGGCAAAUGUGGAUGUUAGGGGAAAUGAUUUUGAAGUCAUACCAUUUGGCGCUGGGCGUAGAAUAUGCGCCGGGAUGAGCUUAGGGUUACGAAUGGUUCAUCUCCUAACAGCAUCCUUGGUCCAUGCAUUUGAUUGGGACCUGGCUAACGGAUUGAUGCCCGAGAAGCUGAACAUGGAUGAAGCAUAUGGGCUCACCUUACAACGAGCCGAGCCCUUGAUGGUGCACCCUCGACUCAGGCUGUCUCCUCAUGUUUAUCAAACUUCGUCUUGAAAGGAUUAUCACCAAAACUCGUUUGUAUGUUUUGAAUGAUGCACUACUUGUGUGGUUAUUUUACUUUAAAUAGUGCCACUAAAGAUGUAUUAUCUUAGUUUUCAAUAAGGAUUUAUAUAAUUUAAGCAAAAAUUACGUGUAAA